AUGAGCUGUAGCUAUCUGCUCUGCACCAUCUUACUCUUCGUGGCGGUGUUGCUAGCGGUCACUGUUACUGGCACCAUCCUUUUUAUGAAUCACUACCAGGCCCCACCCAUGUCCGACGGCCUGCCGCAUAUCUCUACCAAUCAGGAUGAGGCAAACGCCCUGGUGACGGUCGAGAGAGGGGACGGCUCUCGCAUCAACAUCUUCAUUGAUCCCAACUGCCCCGACUACAACAGUAACUUUCUGCGUCUGGAGGGGGUUCAGACCUCACUGCUCCAUUCACUGACUGACCAUGACUCAGACCUUAAGUCGGUGAAAGGCCAGGACCGUGCGCUGCUGGUCAACCUGGCAGAGGAGGUGGCCAAACUGUCGGCCCAUGCGGGACAACUGAAAAUGGACUAUGAAUCUCUGCGUAGGGGGCAAGGCAACCUGGGGCAGGACCUCAACACACUACAAGCAGAACAGGGACGCCUCAUACAGCUUCUGUCAGACAGCCAGAUCAACAUGGUGAAAGUAGUGAACUCAGUUAGUGAUGCUCUUAACGCCAUGCAGAAGGAGAACGUGGGUCUGAAGGCACGAGUCAAGGCUGACUUACAAAGGGCACCGGUCCGUGGGGCUCGCUUGAAGGGCUGCUCCAAUGGCUCACGCCCUCGAGACUGCAGCGAUCUGUAUGCCAGUGGUCAAAGAGAGGAUGGCAUCUACUCUGUGUUUCCUGUUCACCAUCCAACAGGCUUCCAGGUCUACUGUGACAUGACCACUGAUGGAGGAGGCUGGACGGUGAGUCAGUGCAAAGCGCAGACAUGUAUUACU